UCAGGUAGGGGGUAUUAGCUGGCUUGUUAGCCAGCACCCAACUUUGCUGUGAAACCCGAAAGCUAAUUUUAAAAACUUUGCCUGUAGAUCCGUUUAGCAUAAUUCUUUCAUCUUGCUAUAUAUGUUUUCUACAACGUAUAAAGCACGCCAGUUAAUGACACUUAAUUACGGAAGAACGCUUUUCCGGUGGUGGGUGGCAGAGAGCUUGUGCUCUGUAGCACUGACACCAGGUUUCCGCUGCUGGGGGCUCCCACUGAGGCCGCACCCCAGCACAGAGCGGGCCCCCAGCAAGGGGUAGGGGUGCAGGGGUACAGCCGAGGCCCAGGAGGCUCCUGUGCCCCUCUGCACACCCGGCUGUCUAUUUCCGGAGAUUUUUGCACCUAUGUUCUCAGUAGGAGCCUCUGAAAGCUAUCUGCCUGUUUCUUUGCAGAUCUGGUUAAGAAUAAGACUUGGGUUUUGAAGUGUUUGAGCAACUUGCUCUUGCCCAAGUCAUGACACUCCCAUUUCGAAAGGACUUGGACAAGUACAAAGAUCUCGAUGAGGAUGAAAUUCUUGGCAAACUUUCGGAAGAAGAACUGAAACAACUGGAAACUGUUUUGGAUGAUCUUGACCCUGAUAAUGCGCUUCUGCCUGCAGGCUUCCGACAGAAAGACCAGACUGCUAAAAAGGCUUCAGGCCCCUUCGACAGGGAACGACUCCUUGCAUAUUUAGAGAAGCAGGCUCUUGAGCACAAAGACAGGGAAGACUAUGUGCCUUUUACAAGAGAAAAGAAAGGGAAAAUAUUUAUCCCCAAGCAAAAGCCUGUACAGUCUUACACAGAAGAAAAAUUCUCUCUUGAUCCAGAACUGGAGGAAGCCUUGACCAGUGCCACAGACACAGAAUUGGGUGACCUUGCAGCUAUACUGGGAAUGUCCAACUUGAUAACAAACAAUCAGUUCUGUGACGUAGUAGGAAGCAGUAAUGGGAUUGACAAAGACAGCUUCUCAAAUAUAGUAAAAGGUGAAAAAAUGUUGCCUGUUUUUGAUGAACCACCAAAUCCCACAAAUGUGGAGGAGACACUGCAAAGGAUUAAAGAUAAUGAUUCCCGUCUUGUUGAAGUUAAUCUAAAUAACAUUAAGAACAUACCAAUUCCAACGCUGAAAGAAUUUGCAAAAGCCUUAGAAACCAACACGCAUGUGAAGAAUUUCAGCCUUGCAGCCACCCGAAGCAAUGAUCCUGUUGCUGUUGCUCUUGCAGAUAUGUUGAGAGUAAACACAGAAUUAAAAAGUUUAAACAUAGAAUCAAACUUCAUCACUGGAGUUGGAAUUUUGGCACUGGUCGAUGCACUGAAAGACAAUGAAACAUUGACAGAGAUCAAAAUUGAUAAUCAGAGGCAGCAGCUGGGCACAGUUGCAGAAGUAGAAAUUGCCAAGAUGCUUGAAGAAAACACCAAGAUCCUUAAAUUUGGAUACCACUUCACACAACAGGGACCUCGAGCCAGGGCAGCUGCAGCUAUCACGAAAAAUAAUGAUUUGGUCUGGAGUAUGCGAGUAAAAGUUUCUGCAAAUACCUUUUCAUCUCUCCAGCCCUGAAGCUACAGAGCCAGUUCGCAAGAGAAGGGUUGAAGGAGACAAUUAGUAGAUCCUGUUGUCAAAACAGUGUGGAGAUUUCAAGGGUCGUCAAGGCACACUCAUCACCGUGGGCUUUGGCAAUCUUGGACUACAUUUACCUGGGUUAGAAGGGAAAAGACUGGAAACUCCAUUCCUUUUAAAGCAAAGCUAUAUUGAUAAUCUGCUGGUAUGCAUCACGUUUUUUCAGAUUGAGACACAGUAACUGCACCAGUCUCUGUACCAUAGUUUUUGGUUGUUUUUUAAGAACUUUUUUUUUUAUUUCAAGACUCCGGCUGUGCUUUCUACUAAAAAUGUAAUUGCAAAUCAAUGGUAUAAUUGUCUGUAGUCAAAGAAUGGGACAUUCAAGAUCAUUGGGCAGAUAAUGACCCAAUUGAAAUGUUUGCUAGAAAAUCCAGGGGUGCUUAUUUACAUGGAGGGGUGUGUAUAUUCUUGAAAACAAUGUGUUAGUGAUAAGGGAUUCUUCACACAACAGUUGGACUUACUGUGUAGAGCUGUUCAGCCUUGUUCAUAUGCACUGAAGAGAAAUCUUUCACAGCUAUCUUACUUGUAAUUCUUCUUUUUUAUUUUUGGUUAGUUCUUGAUACUGUGAUUAAGUUUAAAGACAUCCCUUUAAAUGAAACAAAAAUAAA